AGAAGGACACUAAAACGUUGACUUAGUAGAACAUAUGCAGGUGGUAUUAUACUAAAUACGAUAUUAUGUUUUAUGUCAGGACUUUGAGAUUCCGUACGGUGAAAGCUCGCUAGUGUUAGAGGGACCAGGUUUCCCUAUCCGCUCCCAGUGUAUUGCCGUGCUCAGUCGCUGGGAGACCGGGCACGACGAUGAGGGCGGCAAUCCGAAAGCGGGGAAUCCAUUGGUAGCCAUGGAAACAGAAGGGUAUCAAGUGACAUUCGAAGGCUGUAAUGCUUUGGCGGCGCAGGAACCCGUCGGUUCGUGUGGCAAUACCUACGUAGAGGAAAACGACGCUAAGAAGCGCGUUGUAGGCGGCUCGGCGUUACUUCAGGGUGAGUGGCCGUGGUUGGCAUCGAUACACUAUGCGUAUGGGGAGAACAUCACGGGUCAUACGUGUGGAGCUACACUUAUUCACCCACAGUGGCUACUCACCGCCGCGCACUGCUUCGUUUUUAGUUGGAUUGACUUGUCGGACACAAGCAUCUGGCGCAUUGUGCUCGGGGAGCACGUUCAGUAUCGAGAGGAAGGCACUGAGCAGAAGCACACCUUGGACAAGGUUGUCCCACACCCCAAUUACUUGCUGUCGUCGGACGAUCGCAUGCUCUAUGAUAUCGCUCUACUAAAGUUGAGCAGGCCAGCUGACUUGUCCGAGUACGUGAACACCAUCUGUAUCGAGCCCGACUACACCGCGCCCGAUCACAGCCACUGUGUCACAGCGGGUUGGGGAGACUUGGAGCAUGGGGCGGGUAUGGGCGUGGAAAUGCCGCACCAUGCAAGUGUUCAGAUCGUGCCGAAUUCCGUCUGCGCCGACAGCUACAGUCAACUUCCGUAUGGAUACAGCUAUGAAAAUUUCACCAUCGGGGACUCUCUUAUUUGCGCCGCCGCUGAGGGCAAGGAUGCCUGUCAGGGCGACUCGGGUGGUCCGCUGGCGUGCUUCAAUAAUGGCCAUUGGACCCAGGUGGGCGUGGUCUCAACCGGCUAUGGAUGCGCCCACCCACAGUAUCCUGGGAUCUACACGCGCGUUAACCAUUUCCACGACUGGAUAGAAGAUGUCAUGCACUCUUACUGAUUACCCAACACUGCAUCAAUCUGUGCAACCAGGACCUGCAAUGGUUACUGCACAACUACUGGUGCUUUGGAAGAUAGCGUUCAAAAUGUUUGACAGUUACAACUACAGUUUGUAUAUCUUGCCAAUAUAUAUAUAUAUAUAUAUAUAUAUAUAUAUAUAU